UUCACAGCUCAAAACUAAACAAUAUAUAAAAAGAAAAACCGUUUCUUUCAGUGAGUCCAGUCCAGCCACCACAUUCGGACUUUCGGAGGAGUUCUCUUUCACUUGGAAGAAGAGUAAAGAAGAAAACAAAGAAUCCCAUCCUCCAUGGGGUACGAGAAAACAACAGAUCUCCUCCUCCUCCUCCUUCUCCUCCUACUUGUUUCCUCUCUCUCAAGCAAUCUCCCUCAUCACCACCACCACCGAUCUCUCAUCGCAAAACCAGCGAUUCUUCGAAGCUCUUAAACCCACCUCCAACCCACAGAAAGCAUUCACUGAAACGAGAGUGAUUUAUUUUUACACCCCAAAACGUAGAUCCAAGUAGGAGAAAUAAAAUAAUGGCCACAUUGCAGAAAUUCAAACUCCUCGCCACUCAGUGUGCCGUGGCCGGCAGCCCAACCCGGAGUCCCACCACAAGUCCCGUCGUCCACCUCCGUCGCCGCAAAACCUUACGGAUGCUGCUUGGACGUUCUGGCAGCGGGCGCAGAUUGCCUCGCAGGGAGGAGUCCCCGGAUCGGGAGCAAGCAAUCUCUCCCGAUCCGCCCGAGAAUGAGAAGAAGGCUUUGCUCAGCCACACUCUCAAGGAUUUGUUCGUCUCCUCGCCGCCUUUCGAAGACAUAAAUGCCAAGCCACCACCCAAGGAGAAGAGUAUUAGAGACAUCGGCGACGCUUUCCCUUCGGCGAUUAACCGAGUUCCCGUCUCUUCGUCAGCUCGGCGCGGUGGAAUCGGCUCGCCUAGGCCGUUGUCAGCGGCGUUUCGGUAUCGGCUACUGAGGAGACCCUGGCGACCUGUACUCGUCGCCAUUCCCGAGUAGACUGAGCCAGAAAAAAGUACGGAUUUAACGUGAUCUCAGUUUCCUUUUUCUCUCUGUAAUUUCUUCAUCUCUUUCUCUUUUAAUUUUGAAAAAGAAAAAAAAAAAAAAAGAAUUCUCUCCUGAAGAGUAGUAGGUCUCAGUCUUCUCUCUUCUUUGGCCUCUGGGUGUUAUUUUCCUGAGCUUUUGAGAAAUACAUGUACAAGUUAUGAAUGAGAAAAUAAUUCAAUUAGCGAAUUUUGUUAACAUGAACCGGGUGUGAGAUUGAUUCAUAGUUAUGGUGCAGGAAAGUUAAAGCUGAAAGCUCAAGAAAGAACCAAAGUCUGAGCAUCUGACAUCAAUUUUGGUUUUGAGUAUGUGAGAAGCGAAAUUGUCCCAGAUAAUAGAAUGCUGCUUUUCAAUCUGAAUUGCUACUUUAUCUUGGUGGGGUGAUUGCAACCGUCGGAUUAGAUUACCUUUUGUUCUU